UUACCCUAACCGGCGGCAAAAGGUUUAAAUUCAAACAGCAGUGAAAACACUGAGCGCGCAGUUUAGUGUUUUGGUUCGUGUGUUGCUGAACGAUCUGGCAGGAUAAAUGCGCAAAUAGGUGGUGUGGGACAUGCCUGUGUGCGCCUUUGGCAGGACAGUGGGCAGUUACGCCACUGGAAUUACAGCCGGACCCUCUUUUUAGAAUACAAUGUCCCGUUUACCAGUUAUGCCGAAGAGACCUCUCUCCAGCACCACUGAUGGAGAGCAUCAACAGCCUGCUCUGAAAAGGAUACGAAAAGCUGAGUCAGGUCUUCAGAGUCUCAAAACUACCAGUGUGGUCCCUCCAAAACUUCAUGGGCCAGUCAGAGCAACCAGUAAACUGCUUCCUACAGCCAGAGCAGCAACUGUGGCAGCAGCUCCUUCAAGAGGUGAUGCAAAAAAGUCAGCUGCGCCAGUUGCUAAAGGAGCAUCCAGAAGGCCAGGAUGGGACUUGAAGGGAAAAAUCACUGACCUAGAGAAUAAAAUCCAAAACUGCCAGAGCCGGUUGAAGUCUUCUAAUCAAGAUAACGAGAACCUUAAAAUGUCAAAUGCCGAAGUGCGAAAAAACAUGGCACAGGCCCAAGAGGAGAACAAGCUAUUAAAACAGCAUCUUGGGGCCCUUGAAGAGAAGCUAACCAAUCUGGUAUCUGUGGAAGAGGAGCUGGAGAGAACAAUGAAGGAAAAAGAUGGCCUGCAGAAAGAUUUCAAGGAGCUAAAAGAUGAAAAUGGGAUUUUACUUAAGUUAAGAGAUGACUUGACGACUGAAACCUGCAAUUUACAGAGCCAGCUCUCUGUUCGGACUUCUGCUCUGACCCACUGUCAGGACAGUCUCCGAGCAUGUGAGGAUAUGGUGAAAAGCUUACAGGAAUUGGUGGCCAGGCAGCAGAAUGAGCUCCACUGUGGAGAAAUGGAACGCAGGAAACUCCAUAACACUAUUCAGGAGCUGAAGGGUAACAUCAGAGUUUUCUGCAGGGUACGUCCUCUCCUUUCCAACAGGGAGGCACCCAUCCCACACAUUCAGCUGCCUGCUCAUGAUGACAAGGCUAUAAUACUUGCAAAAACAGAAGAGUCACAUGUGGGGCGUGCUGCAGAAACUCAGAAAAAUUACAUCUUCAGCUUCGAUCGUGUUUUUGGACCACACAGCACCCAGAGUGAGGUGUUUGCGGAGAUCUCCCUCUUGGUGCAAUCAGCUCUGGAUGGUUAUAAUGUCUGCUGCUUUGCAUAUGGUCAGACAGGUAGUGGCAAGACAUUUACAAUGGAAGGUGGUGACAUGGAAGACAUGCAGGGGGUCAUUCCACGAGCUGUCAAGCAGAUUUUCAAGUCUGCCAGCAUGCUUCAUGAGCAAGGCUGGCAGUACACAUUCACAGCCAGCUUUGUUGAAAUUUACAAUGAAACCUUGCGAGACUUGCUUUAUACGGGCAAAUCUAACAAGAGGCCGGAGCAUGAAAUCAAAAAGACCACAAAUAAUGAGGUCGCAGUCACCAAUCUGAAUUACCAGAGGGUCACCACUGAGGAUGAGGUUUGCAAGUUGAUCAUCUUGGCAAACCAAAACAGGUCCACUGCCCGAACAAACAUUAAUGAUCAGUCAUCCCGUUCCCAUUCCAUUUUCCAGCUGGACAUUGAGGGAGAAAAUGUUGGCCGAGGCACGAAGUGCAAAUCCUCCCUGUGUUUGGUGGAUUUGGCUGGCAGUGAAAGGAUCCAGAAAAGCCACUCUCAAGGAGAAAGGUUUAAGGAAAUGACGGCCAUAAACUCUUCUCUCACCAAUUUGGGAAUUGUCAUCACUGCUUUAGCAAACAAGGAGAACUUUGUGCCUUAUCGCAACUCAAAGCUUACCUACCUGCUUCAGGGGUGCCUGGGUGGCAACAGCAAAACUUUGAUGUUUGUGAACAUUUCACCUGAAGAAGAGAGUUUCAGUGAGUCACUUAAUUCGCUGCGCUUCGCCAGUAAGGUGAAUGACUGCGUGAUUGGAACUGCCACAGCCAAUAAGAAGUAGCUUUUUUUGUUUGUUUGUUUCUUCUUUUUGUCCAUCUGAAGCCAUCAAUAUUUUAAUCUUUUCAGUAUGCCUUUUUAUAUUUUGCAUUUUGAAACUUUAAGAUUAAAUAUUUUAAUCCAUUUAAUUACUUUUAUACUUUUUAAAUGUUGGUGUACUACAACUUUAAUUUUGUUUGUUAUAUUGGACAUCUCAACUAGCAUGAAUACAUUUAAUCAAUGCAUUCAUCAUAAAAAUAUGGAUCGCAUUGUUUUUAUAAUAACUAUGUACAAUUUUAAAUCAUAGUACAUGAAGUACAGUAUGCUUUUUUUUUCUUUUCUCCCACUUGACUAUUCUGCUGUCUGUCCUGUCUCAGUCUGUCUGUCUGCUAGCUAUGUUCUCUUAAUAAUUCAGUGAACAUUAUUACAAGCCAAUUUGUAAUGGGGAUACUUGCUAAUUAGUUGCCAAAUGGGUAAUAUUCAGAUUUGCUAAUAUUACUCAAGAAGAAAAUCCUUGCAGUCAGAAUGACCGUGUACCACAAAAAGCCCCAGAAGUUGGGAUGAAUCCUUGCAAAUAAAUUGAAUAAAAUGUA